AUGCUCUCGGAAUCAACUGGCAGCAUAAAAGCUUUCUACUCGGAUCUCAACGACAGCGAUCCAGUGUCCUCAGAGAAGUGCCUACAGUUUGUGGAUCACCUUCUCGCCCUACUGACCGUAUCUUACUACCUUUGUCGUGACUGUGGUGAGAAUCAGAGGCUCCUGGUAGAGAAUACACCCGAGUUGUUCAGUCGCGUGCUUGUUGAGUGUCUCGAGCUCUCGCCGACCACAAUACAGCUGCCCAGUUCUACAAACUCCGCCUCUGUUACACCAAGUGACCUAGAAGUGGAAAUCCGUCACAGGCACAAGCUGGACAUUCUACGUUACUCGGCUUGCGAGCUGUUGGCCCUGAUGUCGGCCGAAGCAAGUGGUCGGGAGGGCCUAUUAGCCUCACCUGGCCCAGCUCGUCUGCUCUCCUCCAUAGCACUCUGCCUGUCAGAUGCCCUCGGUCUGCCCAAGACCUCUGUUCAGCGUUCCCUUGCUGACGGUCUGCGGAAGCCCAAAAAGCCCCCUCUCCCUGUUAGCACGGUUGGCUCCUCCUUUGCCAUCCAAACCGUUGCUGCUAUUGCCCGUGUCCUUGAAAAUCUCACCUCCAGUCCGCACUUCCUGAGCAUGGUGCGUUCCUCAGACUGCUUCGAGGGUCUGCAGGAUGUCGUAGAGGCGGCUGUUGCUGUUCCGUCCUCUGCCUCCGCAUCAACCUCGACGACUGCAGCUCCUGCCAUGUGUCUGUCACUCCUGUUAGACUGUCUUUCCUUUGCCUGCCACGACAUUGGCCUACGACGCCGUCUCGUCUCCAAGCCCAACUUUGUCCUCAAUCUUGCCAAUUGUCUUGUCCGACAUGCGCCGCUUAUUGCUGACGACAACCACGUGGCACUGGUGGGUUCUCUGUGUCGGACACUGCACAAUUGCCUGACUGGUGAGAACGCGGCGGUGCCUACUCAGCCGGAACUGGAAGCCCUCCUGUCUGGAGUUGGUAUUGUCCUUGAUCAACCCUCUCGGGGACCAGUCAUCCUCGCUGUUGUCAUCGUCCUUCUCGGAAAGAUUAUGCCCCUUUGUUCCCACGCCCAGGUAAGCUCGCCACCACCACCACCACCACCACCACCACCACCACCA